AUGCACUCGACUUUCAUUCUUUCCCUCCUCACGAGCGUCGUCUCGGCUCAGCUUUCCAGUAACAACCUAGAAAAGCACGUUGGUAGCCUUACUCUGUCAUCAUCUUUCGGACCCGUCAAGGAGUCUUACUGGACUGGAUACCCUCAUCAUCGCCGUACACCUUUCGCUGUCUCUCCUGACGGCAAGUCGGCAUACCUUGCCUAUCUUGAUGCCAGUGAAACUGGUGUCCAUGUCCAGCAGGUCAACCCAUCGACCUUUGCUGCUGUUGGUGAUGCUGUGACUGUCACCGGUGGCAAGGAGGCCGGCGGUCUCGUUGCCCACAACGAUGGCUUUGCUCUCCUGACGAAUGAGGCCAUGCCUUCUGGUACCUCUAACGCACCCCCGGAAAGCACACCUGUCGCUGUCCUCUACCGCUACACCUCCGGCAAGGAGACUUUCAAGACAUGGCUCGGUGGUCCGUCACUCAGUGGAGACAUGGGCAUGCUCGCUUCUCCCGAUAUCAACGGCGACCUUGCCUACUCUGAGGCCAGUGGCAUGUAUGGUGCUUACAUCGUCGUCACUGCCUACUCUGGCUCCGCCCAAGGCCACUUCGGUGAUGCGAUCCAAUACGUCAACGACAACGGAACACUCGAGCAGAUCCAGGGUGCCAGCUCCAGCUGGGGUUGCUCCCACAACACUGGUAUCGCUUUCGAGGGUUCUGACUCUGUUCCUUUCCCCUCCAUCUGCUCUGAGGACCAGGGAGCUAUCUGGCUUAACACUGGUGGUACUGGCAUGCAAAACAAUGGUGUUAAGAUCUCCAACGAGAAUGUCACCAACGGUGCUGGUAACGAGGCUAUGGGUGGAAUGUCGGGCUCCUACAGUGGACUUGCUCGAUUCCAGGGCAGCGACUCCUACAUCUUCUCUUGGGUGUCCCGUGGUGCCAAGGACCUGACCACCAACGACUGGAUGGGCGCCGGCUACACCCACUCUGUCAACCGCACCGUCAACCGAAACGUCGCCAUUGCCACCAUGAGCGACAAGAAGACCCUCGUUGGCAAGCAGGCCACCUCUGAGCUCGUUGCCGACGGUGACUCCCAAAUCAACUGGAUCACCACAGGGUCCGCUGAUUGCUCAAACGCCCACGUUGCCACCUUCGACAAGUCCAACGCUCUCGUCACCUGGGAAGAGAUUGCUGAGCCCACCUGCGAUUACAUUGCCAUGGGCUGCAGGGGUGCCUACACCGGUUCCUACUUCCAACUCGUCGCCGAUGGUAAGAAGGUUGGCGAGCCUGUCAAGGCUACUGACGUCUACGUUGCCGGUGACAUGGUCACCAUGGCUGACGGCCGGAUCUGCUGGCCUUACGUUGACAUGAAGUGGACACUCGAUGGCCAAGUGCAGAACGCGGCCAGCGUUAAGAAGAUCAGCUUCGCUUGCAUGAGCAACGGUGCAGGCUCGUCCGCUCCGCUCGCCCCUGCCUCUGCUUCCCCUGCUUCGUCGGCCGCUGGUGCCACCUCUGCUUCCACUGUCAAGUCUUCCGCCGCUGUCAAAACUCCUGCCGCCGCCGAGAGACCUCAUUCCUUCGCUGAGAACGCCGAAAGCACCGGUGCUUCCAUCGGGAUCGAGACUCCUGCAGCCUCUGCUUCUACGGGCGCCCCCGAGGUCCCAGCUGACUCCUCUCUCCCCACCUUCGAGAUCGUCACCUCAGGUGCCACCAUUAUGCCUCCCUCCACUACCGUUGCCGCGACUGCGCUUCCUUCCAUCUUCUACUCAGCAGAGUACUCUGCUUCUAUCCCUACUGAGCUCAGCUCCCAGAUCCCAGCCAUCAGCACCGGCAAGGAUCAGCCCGCUCCUUCCGCUACAGUCACCCUUCCGGCUUCUGAGUCCUUCAGCCCUAGCGAUGCGCCUGCUUUCACCGAGAGCACCGACAUCCCUAAUCCUACUAUCGGCCCUGAGUCUUCCAGUACUCCUUGUUCUUCUGGUAUUGUCCCUACCGAGACCCCUGAGUACCCAGGUGAAAACGUUCCCACCGGCGCCCAGAGCACUGCCGUCCCCGUCGAGACUCCCACUCCUGAAAUCCCCUCGGACGCUGAGGGAACCCCUUGCUCAGAAGAAGCUGGGGCUACAGCCACCAGUGCCGAAGCCGAGGUCCCUACCUUCACUCCUCUGCCUACUGAGAUCCCCUACCCCACUGGCAACGGUAGCCCCUCGCACGGUUCCGGCCGUCCCUUCCCUACUGGCGAGUGGCAUAACGGUGGUCGUCCCGGUUUCGGCUGGGGCCGCCCCCGCCCCUCCGGUUGGGGAGCGUGGCCUGGACACGGCGGUGCCAGGCCUACUGGCAGCUUUGGUCCUCGCCCUUCUGCUGGUACCGAGCCCGAGAAGUACGACUUCGGUAUGGGCAAGGCAUCCAGCACUCCUUGCACUCUUGAGACUCGCGUCAGGCCCACUGCCACUGGUGCUGCCUACUAG